AUGAACGACUUCAGACGUUCUAUUCUGCCUCUGGGUGAUGAUAUUCAUGGAAUUGAAUCUGAGGUCUCUCUUUAUCUCCAUCCGUCCCCCCAAGGCCCAGGCCAGGGGGAGUGCAACCAGUGUGCCCUAGGCUACCAUCAGCAGGAGUGGCUGUGUGUGCAGCACUGCUCAGCCGGCUACUACUCCAGAGAGCCUGCAAGGCUUCGUGACAAGAUGUGUCGCAAGUGCGAGGACAACUGUGUGAGCUGUGAGGGUCCGGGGGCCUCCUGCACCCAGUGCAGAGAGGGCUUCAGCCUCAUCAGCAGGACAUGCCUCGCUCAGGGCACGUGUAACAACGCGGACGAGGUGUUCUGUGAUAUGGUGAAGUCCAAUUGGCUGUGUGAGAAGAAGUUGUUUCGACAGUUCUGCUGCCGAACCUGCCUGAUGACUGGCUAGAAGGGUCUAUAUAUAAACAGUAUAUAUUUAUAUAUAUACUUUAUGCAUAUAUAUAUAUAUAUAUAUAUAUAUAUAUAUAUAUAUAUAUAUAUAUAUAUAUAUAUAUAAAUAUAUAUAUAUAUAUAAGCUAAUAAUGCUAUACAUGGUUAUGUAACCUACUUCCAAAACCUGUUGAUCUUGAAUGGUAUAAUUCAGUCUUUAAAGAUGUAGGAUUUAUAGCCUUGAAUUGGUUUAUAUGGAGGCCAAGGUGAUGGACGUCAUGUUUUGUAAAAACAUUGUUUGUUUGAGGAAAGUUUUGUCUCUUCAAGUGGCGACAUAUGGUUUAUCAUGAUAUAUUUUAUGAAACAGUGUGGCGAGACUGUAUAUUUUAUACUCAAACACUGCAUAAGAACAAGUAGGUGCUUUUUUACAUGCAAGAAUGUCUAUUAGAGUCACUCAUUCCAUCCAAUCCAGGAGAUCUGUUACCUAUCCAACAAUGAGGAAUUCAGUUCCUUUUCAAUGACAUGCUAAUUAAAUUAACAAUGUGCACCAAAACCUACACUGUUACAAAUGUAUGUAUGCUAAUAUGCAUUUUGAAUGUCUUAAAUUUUUAUUUUCAUAUAUUGUCUGCAUUUUGUAUAAUUUCUGUGUUUGGUAUGUCUAGAAUAAAGUAAUUAUUGAUGUGA